AUUCCAUCCAUGAAGACAAUGGCUAUGGAAAAUGACUCCUCUGUGACAGAGUUCAUCCUUCUGGGACUAACAGACCAACCUGAGCUGCAACUGCCCCUGUUCCUCCUGUUCUUGGUGAACUAUGCUGUCACUAUGGUGGGCAACUUAAGCUUAAUGAAUCUAAUUUUCCUGAAUUCACACCUUCACACCCCCAUGUACUUUUUCCUCUUUAACUUGUCCUUCAUUGAUUUCUGUUAUUCAUUUGUCUGUACCCCUAAAAUGCUCCUGUGCUUUGUUUCAGAGAGGAACAUCAUCUCCUUUGCAGGAUGCAUGACUCAGCUAUUUUUCUUCUGCUUUUUUGUGCGUUCAGAGUGCUAUGUGCUGACAGCCAUGGCCUAUGAUCGCUAUGUGGCCAUCUGUCAGCCUCUGCUGUACAGCGUGAUCAUGUCCCCUAGGGUCUGUUCUCUGCUGAUGUUGGGUUCUUACUUGAUGGGGUUUGCUGGUGCCAUGGUGCACACAGGGUGCAUGAUCAGGCUCAGCUUCUGUGACUCCAAUGUCAUCAAUCAUUACAUGUGUGACAUCCUUCCUCUCCUUCAACUGUCCUGCAGCAGCACCCACGUCAAUGAGCUUGUGAGUUCUGUUGUUGUGGGGACAGUAGUCAUUGUAUCCAGCCUCAUUAUCCUAAUCUCUUAUGCUUUGAUUCUUUAUAAUGUCCUUCAUAUGUCCUCAGCUAAGGGUUCAUCCAAGGCCAUGAGCACCUGUGGUUCUCACAUAGUAACUGUUGGCCUGUUCUAUGGAUUUGGGCUGCUCACUCAUGUUAAACCAUCAACUGCUGGGGCUGUGGAUGAAGGGAAAUUUUUCUCAGUGUUUUAUACUUUUGGGGUGCAAAUGCUGAAUCCCCUCAUUUAUAGCUUCAGGAAUAAAGAUGUCAAACUUGCUCUGAUGAGAACCCUGAAGAGAAUCACAAACUGA